AUGACAUACAAGCUUAUGAACAUCAUCAAUUUCCUACAACUUUCACAAGGGAUGAUCCAUUUCAUCACAUCGCCUGCUCUUAUUUUUUCAGGACUUCUGAUAAAGUUCGAUGUGAUUCUGAGAAUUCUUGGAUGCAUUAUGAACUCCUGCUGGAUUGCAGAUCUUCCCGUUAUGGCUCUUUUAGCCGUAUACCGUAUAUUUAUUUUUCGCAAUAUUAUUGGCUCAAAAGCUUGUCAUACUUCUAUGAAAAUUAUAUUAUCUCUAAUAUUUUCCUGGAUUUUGUUCAUCAUACUAGCCGGUUGCAUAACACAAAAUAUCAAAUUAAGUCCACCGAUGUGGGGUUAUGAUAUGGAAGUUCCGUAUGCCGCCCUUUUCGAUACUCUAGAAAUAUAUCUCAGUUUUUCCUGUCUAUCAAUCUCGUAUAUAGCUUAUCUUAUAAUUAUUUUUUUGAUUUUUGAGAAACGAAACAUCCAUAGCUCGGUAAAAUCUAGAAAACAUGAAAUUUCAAUUUUGCUUCAAUUCACUUUUGUGACAGCCUAUGUAUCAUUUCUGGUGGUUAUUUGGCAUCCAGCUCUUUUUUCUGUUCUUUCAUUCAUUGACAGGACAAAUAGAAUUAAUCAAUCAAUUGUAACUGGUCUCUGGAUACUUCAUUGUUACGUAAAUCCUGUUUUGAUGUUGGUCUUCAAUCGAUCAAUUAGAGAAGACGUUCUGAACUUUAAUUUUCGUUGUACCAACAAAGUGCAGCCUGUUGUUAAUGUAUCAGCUAGUGUCCUCUACUAG